UCACUUCCCAUUUGGAGAUGGAGAACUGCAAUCGGACUACUGCUCAAGAGUUCAUCUUCUCAGCUUUCCCUGAUUCCUGGGGAAAUUCUGUCAUCUGCUUCAUUCUGCUGCUCUUCAUCUAUUCUUUCAUUAUUGUUGGAAACCUUGUUAUCAUCACUGUGGUCCAGCUGAAUUCUCACCUCUACACGCCCAUGUACUUGUUUAUCAGUGCCCUUUCGUUCCUGGAGAUUUGGUACACCACAGCCACCAUCCCAGCCAUGCUCGCUAGCCUGCUUAGUAAAAGACGAAGCAUUUCCUUAAACGGUUGUCUCCUGCAGAUGUAUUUCUUCCAUUCCACAGGCAUCAGUGAAGUUUGUCUCUUGACAGCUAUGGCCUUUGACCGCUAUCUAGCCAUCUGCAGCCCUCUUCAUUACCCUACUAUCAUGACCCCUAAGCUAUGUGUCCAACUGACUUUAGGUUGCUGCAUUUGUGGCUUUAUCACACCCCUCCCUGAGAUUGCCUGGAUCGCCACACUGCCAUUCUGCGGCUCCAAUCACCUGGAGCAUAUCUUCUGUGACUUCCUCCCAGUGCUGCGCCUGGCCUGCACAGACACACAUACCAUCAUCAUGAUCCAGGUAGUGGAUAUUGUCCAUGCUGUGGAAAUUAUUACAGCAGUGAUGCUCAUUUUCAUGUCCUACGUUGGCAUUGUGGCUGUGAUUCUACGUAUUCGUUCAGCUGAAGGCCGCCGCAAAGCCUUUUCCACAUGUGUGUCCCACCUCACCGUCUUUUUGUUGUUCUUUGGCAGUGUGGCCCUCAUGUACCUACGCUUCUCUGCCACCUAUUCUUUGUUCUGGGAUACAGCUAUUGCCCUGGCCUUUGCAGUUUUGUCUCCCUUCUUCAAUCCCAUUAUCUAUAGUCUGAGAAAUAAAGAGAUAAAAGCAGCUAUAAAAAAACACAUAGGUCAAGCUAAGAGUUUUUUUUCCUAA